AUGGCGGUCGACAUAAACAUUCAGGAGCUACUGGUGAUCGGUGAUUCAUAUUUGCUUGUGCACCAGUCCGGUCCGGUGCUUCUCAGUUCUGUCUAUUGUCAUUCUUCCCGGUUUCAUAAAAGCUCCGACGACCUCCGUGCAUCAGCUAAUCCUCAGUACAGCCAAGUUGCAAACCCGUUUAAGACUGUAAGUUACAUUCUUCAUUCACUUCACAUGGCUGAAAAUGAUAAUAUUGAUAAAGUAGCUGAUGAAAGUAAAGGUUCUGAGUCUACGGUUGCAACUACUCACUCGACAGUUUCAAAACAAAGGAGAAAACGAUCUCGGGCAUGGGAUUUUUUUGAAGAAAAAGUUGAUGCUAAAGGAAAUAAUAAAUAUGCAUGUAGAUUUUGUGGACAAGAAUAUUUUGAGACAAAAGGCAAAAGUACGACACAAAUGAAUGGUCAUACCGAUAAAUGUCCAAAGAAUCCUUAUAAAGUUGAAAAAGGUCAAAAACUAUUACAAUUUCAAACAUUACCGGGGGGUAAUAAAGGUGGUCUUAUUCCAUGGAAAUUUGAUCAAGAAGAGUGUAGGAUGGCUUUGUGUCGUAUGGUGAUUGUUGAUGAACUUCCGUUUAGUUUUGUUGAGAGGGAAGGCUUUAGAAACUUUAUGAAAGUGGCACAACCUUGUUUUCAUAUUCCUUCCCGUACUACUGUUACACGGGAUUGUUUUGCUCUUUUUAAUGUGGAAAAAAAUAAAUUAAUGAAGUUUCUUAAAGGAACAAGUCAAAGAAUUUUCACUGUCACAGUUGACAAUGCUAGUUUAAAUGAUGUGACCGUGGAGAAGUUGUCUGACAAAUUAGAUGAUUGGGGAACCAACUCCAUGAAUGGUCAACACUUUCACAUGAGAUGCAUGGCUCAUAUUAUUAGACAGUCUCCUGCUAGGUUGAGGAAGUUUCAGGAAUGUUGUGAAAGUGAAAAUAUUGUCAGGAAGUCUUUAUGCUUAGAUGUUCCUACAAGGUGGAAUUCCACCUACUUGAUGUUGAGCAGAGCUAUUGAAUAUGAGCGUGCAAUUAAAGAAUAUUCUAAUCGUGAUACCGGCUUGUCACGUUAUCUUAUGUUUGAUGCUAUUUCAGAUGGAAAGCCUGUAGGUUUGCUUACAAGAACUGAUUGGGAUAAUGUAAAGAGAAUUGCACAAUUUCUUGAAAUAUUUUAUAAUCUCACUUUGAAGGUGUCCGGAUCACUUUAUGUAACAUCGAAUUCCCAUUUUCUUGCAAUUGGUCAAGUUGCUGUUUACUUAAAUCGAUUAAUAACAACUGAAGAUGUACUUUUGAGUGAGAUGGCAUUAAGUAUGUGGAAAAAAUUUGAGAAGUAUUGGGGUGAACCAACAAAAAUGAACAAAAUGAUUUUCAUUGCUUGUGUUUUGGAUCCUCGCUACAAGUUUACUACUGUUAGUUUUGUACUUAAGAACAUGUUUGGAGAUGAAGGGACAAUUAUUGAAAAAGAGGUUCAUACUUAUAUGAGUUUAUUGUUUAAUGAGUAUGUCUCUAAGUCGGUUUCAAAAGAUACUGGUGGUAACGUUUCUACCUCUUUUCCAAGCUCUUCAUUUAGCACAAUGGAAACUUCAACUCCUGGUUUAGGUGAACUUUUAGAUGAAAUAAGGAAACAUAAAGCUGCAAGUGGAGGUGUAGAUUCUAAAACAGAAUUGGAAAAGUAUCUUGCAAAAGAUCCUGAAAAUGAAAGACCGGACUUCGAUAUCUUGGUUUGGUGGAAGGUCAACUCACCUAGAUUUCCUAUUCUUGCUAAGAUGGCUCGAGAUGUGCUUGCUAUUCCUAUUUCAAGUGUGGCAUCUGAAAGUGCAUUUAGUACCGGGGGCCGUAUUCUUGACCAAUUUAGGAGUUCAUUAACUCCUAAAUUGGUUGAAAUUCUAGUGUGCCUUCAAGAUUGGCUUCGAAGUGAAUCACUUCCUGUAAAUGUUGAGGAAGAUUUAGAUUUUCUUGAGACACUCGAGGAAGAUUUUACUAAUCUUGGCAAAGAAGCUUCCACCGACGAUGUUUGCUAG